AUGAUCCCGCACUGUCACAUCCUAACCCCUCUCCCUUGGCCCCCAAUUCCCUGGUGGGCGGGCAGGCAGCAGGAGGGGGAGGUGCGGCAGCUGCAGCGGGAGGUGCAGGAGGCGCGCGCAGCCAGGGACGCCACGGCGGACGAGUUGCUGCGCGUGUCCCAGCGCCUACUGGCGCUCGAGAAGGAGCAAGUGGCGGUGCCGGCACUGGAAGCGGAGCUGGCGGGGUUGAGGGCGCGGCACGAGGUGGCGCUGGUGAUGGUGGGCGAGCGCAACGAGCGCGUGGACGAACUCGAGGCCGACCUGGCGGAUGUCAGGGCGCUCUACAAGGAGCAGGUCGCGCUGCUCGCCGGGCAGGUGGACCCAGCCAAGUGGCCACAGGGCUACCGCAUCUGCCUCUUCUGCCCGCACUGCGCCAAGACCCAGCGCUCUCACCCCAAAUAG